UCUACCCGUGUAUGUGUGUUUCUAUCUGUAGACGCUAGGAUGGUGUCUCCUGCUAUUGCUCUGGCCUUCCUUCCACUCCUGCUGACACUGAUUAUCAGGUACCGUUACUACUUUGUGCUGUUCUAUCGGGCAGUCCUCAUCCGGAUAUGGAAGGACUGCGUUACUGGUUUGAGCCGAGAGGAGCGUGCCUACCAGCAUGUCCUCACGCAUGCCACUCCUGGGGACCCUGACAGCAUCCUUGAAGCCUUUGAUGUCUGGUGCAGCAAGGUGGAGUUCAUCAGCAAUAUUGGGCCUAAAAAAGGGAAGAUCCUGGACCGGCUGCUGAUGGAGAACAGUCCUCUGACAGUGCUGGAGCUGGGUGCCCACUGUGGAUACAGCACUGUGCGGAUGGCCCGUUCGCUGCCUGUGGGUGCCAAGCUCUACAGUAUCGAGAUGGACCAGAGGAAUGCUGCUAUUGCUGAGAAAGUCAUUCGCCUGGCAGGGUUUGAUGAUGACACGGUGGAGCUUAUUGUCAAGCCAUCUGAUGAGGUGAUCCCUCAGCUGCGGUCUGACUACAAUUUGGAGAGGCUGGAUUUUGUCUUCAUGGACCACUGGAAGAAAUGCUACCUCCCUGACCUGCAAUUGCUGGAGGGCUCUGGUCUACUGGGAAAAGGCUCUAUUAUCUUGGCGGACAAUGUGCUGUUCCCAGGUGCUCCAAAGUUCCUUAGAUAUCUCCGCAAGUGUGGCCUGUAUGAAUGGAGGAUCCACCGAGCCACGCUAGAGUAUAGCAAGGGCAUCAGAGACGGGAUGGCUGAGCUGGUAUACCAGGGAAUCAAGUAGAUGAUGCAGGCUGAGAUUCUACUGUUACUCAAACACACACUUCAGGAAUGGCACAUAGCCUUUGUCCAAAUUCUUAAGGAACGUUGUCGUGACUUACUUCAUCUCAAAGGUUUAUCAUCUCAGUUUCUAGUCUCUACAUCUCAACUCAUGCAAAAACACCUUGCAAAAUAACUCGCCACCAGUGCGUUCU